AUGCACUUCCAGUCAACUUCGGUCAAGAGCCUGUUCCUCGCAGUGUUCGCUGCUACGGGUGUCUUUGCCGAUCUGCACUCCACUGCAGUAUGCGUCGACAACCGAGUCGAGUUCCCCUCUGGUGGAACUGCCUUCAGCGUCAGCUACAGCUGGGUCAAGAACUAUGAGAUUCUUCCCGAUGCCACAAAGUGUGCCUGUGACUACUACAGAAACCGCAACACUGGCGACAACCAAUGGGACCAGUGCCCUGACUGCACAUUCGAUGGUCUUGGUUGCAACUCGGCGGAUUGGCACAUUGGCGGUGAUGAGUUUACCUACUACUGCGAAGAAAAGUGUGGUGCCCACGGCUCUGAGGCCAACUAA